GGCCAUGGGCGAGGCAGGCGGCGCUGAGGAGGCCUGUCGGCGCGUGGGGGUCCGAGAGGAGUUCGUUAAAGUCCGCAAGAAGGACCUGGAACGGCUGACGACGGAAGUGAUGCAGAUCCGGGACUUCCUGCCCCGAAUUCUAAACGGGGAGGUGCUGGAAAGCUUCCAGAGGCUGAAGAUCGCGGAGAAAAACCUGGAAAGGAAAGAGCAAGAGGUAGAGCAACUGAGGACGGACUGUGCGCACUUCAGAGCCCGCCUGGAGGCCGUGCAGGCUGACAGCAUGAGAGAGAAGAAGGAGAAACUCGCUCUUCGACAGCAGCUGAACGAAGCGAGGCAGCAGCUCCUGCAGCAGGCAGAGUACUGCACGGACAUGGGGGCUGCGGCCUGCACCCUGCUGUGGGGCGUCUCCGGCAGCGAGGACGUGGUCAAGGCCAUUCUGGGAGGAGAAAAAACGCUCAAGUUUUUCAGCAUCACUGCUCAGACCAUGGAGAGUUUCGUGAAGUCUCUGGAUGGGGAUGUCAAGGAGCCGGACUCUGCUGAGAAUCAGUUUGUGUGUGCUCUGGCUGGGGUCGUGACAAAUGUGGCUGCCAUUGCGUGUGGUCGAGAAUUCUUGGUUAACUCAAGCCGGGCUCUCUUGGACACCGUGCUGCAGCUUCUGGGGGACCUGAGGCCGGGACAGUGCACCAAACUCAAAGUGUACGGUGGACGGUUACUGCUGAUGUCCCUGUACAACGUGAGCAUCAACCUGAAAGGCUUGAAGUACAUCAGCGAGAGCCCAGGAUUCAUCCCGCUGCUCUGGUGGCUUUUGAGUGACCCGGACACAGAGGUGUGUCUCCACGUGCUGCGACUCGUCCAGUCUGUGGUCCUGGAGCCGGAAGUCUUCUCCAAGUCGGCCUCCGAGUUCCGGAGCUCCCUGCCCCUGCAACGCAUCGUGGCCAUGGCCAAGAGCCGCAACCCGCACCUGCAGACCGUGGCCCAGGAGCUCCUGGAGGACCUCCGCGCCCUGGAACGUGACGCGUAGGGGCGCUCGGUGUGUCCCUUCCCCUCCCCCAGGCCCCCACUUUGUGUUCCGAAACAGUCACCGUGCGCCAUGUGUUAUAGACGGUAGAAUGUGAGUGACUUGAGAGGGACGUGAAUGCGUAUGUAUCCACACCACUUCCUCCUGCAAGUGAGAGUGCCCGUGGGCGGCUGCUUGACCCGGCCAGGGGGCGGCCUGCAGAAGAUCCAUCCUUCUGGUGAGGCCCACGUCCAGGACCCGGAGGAGGGCCGUCUUAGAGCAGCUCCCGGUGCUCAGGGGACUUCCCGAGACCGCUGGGUUCCCCGGCACGAAGGGGAUGAGAUAGCCACGUGCCCCGCUGGUCAGCAUUUUCCUGAGAUACAUGUUUUGAAAAACAAUUCAUUCUCUCUCUAGUAGUGAUAAUUGAUUCCCUAAAAUGCAAGUUCACCUGUAAGCCUUUCGGUGAACUUGCUAGUUCAGGUGACAUUGGACGUUUCAGUUCUGUUUUUUUGUGCCUGUUUUACUUUUGAAUAAAGAAAGCCAGGA